UAUCCGCCCCGGCCGGCGGCCGCCCCCAUAGCCCGCGGGGCUCGGGCCGAGCGCGACCCCAGCGCCCGGCAGCGGAGCCCGGGCGGCCCGGCCAUGGGCUGCGGGCGGGCGCUGUGCGCCCUGCUGGCCGCCGCCCUGCUGGCCGCCCACGCCUUCCCCCAGACCAACAUCAAAAUCAGUCAAGCCAUGCCAGAGCCUGUCCACGCCUACUCCUGCCCGCUCUUCUGGACGGAGUACGAAGGUCACUGCUACCGGUACUUCCCCAUCAACAAAACCUGGGCUGAAGCCGACCUCUAUUGUGCUGAGUUCUCCAUUGGCAUCAGAUCAGCCAAGCUGGCCUCCAUCCACAGCUGGGAAGAAAACGUGUUUGUGUACGACCUGGUGAACAGCCGCGUGCCCGGCAUCCCCACCGACAUCUGGACGGGACUCAACGACCUGCGUGAGGAGGGUCACUUCGAGUGGACAGACGGCUCCUCCUACGACUACCACUACUGGGAUGGCAGUCAGCCUGACGACGGGAUCCACUCCAUCCCGGAGGAGGAGGACUGUGUGCAGAUCUGGUACAGACACAGCAGUGCACUGCGCUCCUGGAAUGACAAUGCCUGUGGCAGAGCCUUCCCCUUCGUCUGCAAGAUCCCCUCGCUGGCCCUGGACUGAGGCUGCUGGUGCUGCCCGUGCUCCCCCUCAUUUUGGGUCACCUCUCCAGCCAUGCCAGGGAAGAGAAGUCAGGACAUGGCAUGGAUUGUGAGAGCCAUGGGACUGCCUGGC